UACAAGCUAAACUACGGGGGUCGCAGAUUUCGCCCCCCAGACGCUCGUUAUCUAAAGACUAUCCAACCAAUAGCCAUUCGCUAUCGUCAAAUCCUGGAUAGCCUAGGCUGGACCUAGUUUCUCUUCAGGUACACAAUUCCUCCGCGUCCAGUCGCAUGUUCGCUUCUUUGUCUCGUAAGCUACCUCGAGCUUUGCAUCGUGUGUUACGGUGGCAUACUCUAGCCGUUGAGAGAGCGCCGCUAUAAACGCCUGUUUCAUCCUAUCGCAACCCAACCUACUUGGAACUACUCAAUAUAUCUUCUCAGCUUUGGUCGGCGUCUUCCGACUUACAUCGAUCUUCGUCGAUUUCUACAUUUUGAGGUUUUCGAUGGCGGAGAUGCCCUAGAGGUUCGAGACUGGAUAUCUGGAAUCGACGACGCAGUUUAUGACACAGCCUAAGUGUCGAUACAUAAAAACCAACUCACUUCGCAAACUUUAAGUGGCUUAAAUCGUGUCACUUCCACGUCAGCUUACACCGAGGUGAAAUCAGCUCAAACUCGACUUCCAGUUAGCUGGUCUACUUUCACAUACGCCAACCUCUUCUUUCAUUAACGGACCGCGAACAUGCGGCUCUCAAAUAGAAGCAACGAAACCGGGAGCGAGGAGCACAAGAGGGAUGAUUCUGUCAUAGUAGACUAUGGGUUCGGUCAAGUCAGCGACGAAAAUGCCGUACACGGACGGGAAUUCGCCUCGGGCGAAUCUAUGUAUGCUAGACUCCAGCGGUUCGCUGGCAAGUUUGGUAUGGAACAGCGAGGAAUCGAGCGGGUUCCUAGUGACGAGAGGACGGACUCGAAUCUGUUCCAAAUUGGUACCCUGUGGUUCUCUGCGAACAUGGUCGUAUCGUCAUUCGCUAUCGGCGCCCUUGGACCACCUGUAUUCGAACUUGGAUUCGUCGACGCUGCUCUGACAAUCAUCUUGGUCAACAUCCUUGGAAUCUUGCCGGUUUGUUUCUUCUCGACCUUCGGUCCCAAGUUUGGCUUACGUCAGAUGGUCUUGUCGAGAUUCUGGUUUGGAUACUACGGCGUCAAACUGAUUGCCAUUUUCAAUAUCCUAGCUUGUCUCGGGUGGUCUGCUGUGAACGUUAUUGUCGGUGCUCAGUUCUUCAACGCGGUUAAUGGAGACGUUCCAGGCUGGGCCGGCAUCCUGGUCAUUGCAUUCGCGACGCUAGCCAUUUGCACUUUCGGCUACAAAAUCGUUCACGCUUAUGAGAAAUGGUCUUGGAUUCCUGUGCUCAUCAUCUUCAUUAUAGUGCUAGGCGUCUUUGCCCACUCCGGCGAGUUCAACAACUUACUACCCCUUGCGACCGGAAUCUCGGAGACUGGCAGCGUUCUCUCCUUUGCCGCGUCGGUAUACGGCUUUGCCACGGGAUGGACAUCGUACGCCGCGGAUUACACCGUGUACCAGCCUGUUGGACGAUCAAGCAAAGCCGUCUUCUGGUGGACCUUCGGCGGCUUAUUUACCUCGCUCUGCUUCACCGAACUUCUCGGAGCCGCGAUAGCCACCGCAAUGACCAAUAACCAAGCCUACCUCGACGCCUACAACAACUCACACAUCGGCGGUCUCUUAGCCCAGGUCCUCGUCCCGAAACUCGGCCGCUUCGGCGAGUUCUGUGUCGUGAUGCUCGGCCUCUCCAUCAUCGGCAACAACUGCCCGAACAUCUACUCGGUGUCGCUCUCGCUGCAGGUCCUCUCGGAGAAGACGCAGCGCGUGCCGCGCUUUGUGUGGACCCUUGUUGGCACCGGCGUCUACAUCGCCGUCGCGAUCCCGGGCUACAACGAUUUCGAAGACACCCUCGAGACCUUCAUGCUGAUCAUCGGCUACUGGCUCGCCAUCUACGAGGGCAUCUCGCUCACCGAACACUUCGUCUUCCGCCGCGGCAGGACCGACCGCUACCACCCCGAGGACUACGUGGAGCCUAAGAAGCUCCCGCCCGGUCUGGCGGCCAUCGUCGCGUUCUGCUUCGGCGUCAUGGGAGUGGUGCUGGGCAUGGCGCAGACCUGGUUCAUAGGGCCGAUUGGCAAGCUGUGCGGAGCGGAGGGGUACGGUGGAGAUAUCGGGUUCGAGUUGGCGUUUUCGUUUUCGGCGGUUAGCUACGUGGCUUUGAGGGCGGCGGAGUUUGCGUAUUUUAGGAGGUGAGAUGGGGAAAAGGGGGGAUGGUAUAGAAGGAGCCUU